CUCGGUUGUGAGUAGGGCCUCGCUAGCGUUGGCCGCAUGUGUUUCGCGUUUCCUUUUCUCGUGGAAAAAGCUUCGCCGAAAAUGCGCCGUGUUUACGUAAUCCGCGGUAACGCGAUGCCACGCCGGUACUGGUAGAAGCGCGGAUCCAGUGUGAGGAACAUUCGAUUGUGUCGAGUAACGUUGUCGCGAGUUACGCGAACGCAACGAAUUGUCGUUAACCGAAGACCGGAGAUACGAAGUACGACGGUUACGAAUCUGUGUGCCGCUGUCUGCUAGCGCUCUCGCAGCGAAUCUCGCGUAUGGUGCGUGUCCGAAGGACCUUCUCACGAUUGUCUGUUGAUUUUAAAAUAGCUUCGUGAUUUGCGACGCUAUUUAAAUCAUUCGGAACAAUAUAUAAACUCUGUACUAAGAGUUUAUAUUGUAAAAACGUUGAGUCAGCGUGUUCUCCUAACCCAUCGGAAAGCACGAGGCACUUCGGGCGGCCUAUAUUUCGUAUGCGAUCUCCACGCGAUUCGACAGCGUCGAGACUGCACGGAGUGUCGCAUUAGGACGUGUACGUGAGAAACGUAAGAGCACAUCUGCUUUGUUCAGUCGACCGCGUGCGUACACACCACGCGCGCACCUUCUAGAAAGACCGAAAUCCCGACAACGUGUGUGAUCGUUAAAACUCGUUAACAUUCACGACAUUUCAAAGAUUUUUGCUGUCGCGCUCUCUUCAUCGGAGAGAAUAAACGUGCGUGCGACUAGGUGUCUCUUAGCAUGGAAAGAAUUAUAUGAAGUGUGAGGACGCGUGUGAGGUUAGUUUGCCCGUUCGCAUAAGUUCGCUAACCGUUGGUCAUAAUUAUUUCCUGAAAGCGGGAGAGUCGCUUCUAUUUUCGCAAAAGUACGUCUCGGCGGCGACGAGGACGAUAAUUUCAUAAGUCCAACGGGACGCGCGGCCUCGUGCACGGUCUGCAAACCUCGUGUUUUUGUCGGCAGCGUGUGCCGCAAGAUGGCGGCCAAGCUGGCGAAUCAAGGUGGCGCCCGGAGCACUGGCGAACGACAGGAGGCAGUGCUUUGCCAGUCCUACGCCAGUGUGCUCAAUCCAAAGAGUGCUUCUCAAACUCGAGCAAGUUCUUUUAAGGGCAAUAACAAAGAAAAUAUAGACGACCAAGCAACAGUUUCGCAGCAGCCUCCACAAUCACAACAGCAGCAACAGCCGACAGCAGUGGUGAAAGAGAGAAUAGUGCCAAGUAUGGUAAGGGGUAAGCCCUACCAAAGAAUCGCACGAUGUCAGUCAACGCAACCGAAUCAGUCUGUAUCGAGCAACUAUCCGACGAAAUAUAAUCGUCAUGACAGUCCGUCAAACACGCAUAUUAAUGCCGAGAAGUCGGUCGCCGUCGUUCAUAAAGAAGUGCUUAGUGAGUCACAACAAGAGGACAGUCAUUAUAAUCGUGACGCCGAGCAGUUAAAUAAUGGUGAUAUCGGAAACGACGGCGAGUUCCAGACAGUCGCUCCGAAAGGUGCUCGCCGCAAAGAGAAGAUGCGUGAACAAAAUCAUCGGGAGCGUCACCGGCUACGCGAAAACAACCGCCAUCAGCAACCACGUGGUUCCAAUGGCGCCGGAAGUGGGGGUAUUGUUAGACGCGGAAGCGUGGAGAGAUCGCACAGAGAGCGCGGCGACCGCAAUGGAGUCGCCGAUCAUGGCUUGAAAGAGGCUCAUCAUCACAAGGACGAGCAAAACGUUGAUGCAGAUGUGCAACCGGUAUCUCCAUCGCUCCCUGUCAAAUACAUUGAAGCACCCUUGCCAGCAGUGAAUCCUUGGACAAGGAACAAGGCAUCGACGCCGCAAACUGCACCGACGUCUUCGCAACAGACAUCCUGCAGUGUCCUCACAACACUCACAUCUGAUAGACAGAGUGAGAGAGAGAGAAGAGUGCUACAACAGCAACAGCAACAACAGCAGCAGCAGCAGCAGCAACAACAUUUGUGUACAGAAAAUGGUGUCGAAAGCGGUACCCAGUCCACAAUUGUCAGAGCUCCCAGAGAUAGGAGGAGACUCAAUCAAAAUGCAAGUGAUUUCACGAAUAUUGGAGACUGGCCCACUUUAGGAACGCAAGAGAGAAAAGCCACAUCUUCUCCAAAGCAAAAUGGCAUGGUCAAUGGUGAAUUAAAUACUCCUAAAGUGAGUAGCACAAAUACUACCGAAAGCAAAGGCAAGGAAAAUAAGGAGCAAAACCACUGCCAAGAUGAUAGCGACGAGCAUGCAGAUAACGGCGAAAAGAAGAAGAAAGCGAAUAAACAAAAAUGGGUGCCGCUCGAGAUUGACUUGGCGCAAACACGCGGAACUAUGCGAUCGCCAAGAUUUCACAGAGAAAAAAAUGGCGAAGCAAACGAUGGCGAGCACUGGCGUGACAGAGAUUACGAUAGAUCGACAGGAUACAAUCAACGAGGACGUGGCGGAAGAAGUAGAAAUAGAGGACGCGGCGGACGUGGUCGCGGUAGUUUUAGAUAUCGACAGGAUCAUGAAUAUACAAAUUAUACUGCGGACUAUGCACAGGUAUAUAAAUACGAAAAUGCAGAUGCUGGAUAUGCGAUACCUUACAUGGGGACUUGCUAUUUUGAUAAUGUAAAUUACAUAGAUUCCAUAAAAGAAUAUAUACGGAAACAAAUAGAGUAUUACUUCAGCGAAGAGAAUCUUGUAAAGGACUUUUACAUUCGUCGUAAAAUGGACGCUCAAGGAUUUUCGCCUCUCACGUUGAUCGCAUCUUUUCAACGUAUUCACAGUUUAACAGAAGACUUGAAUUUAGUAAUAAGAGCAGUUCAAGAAUCUGAUAAACUGGAAUUGCUAGAAUCCGAGAAUGGAUACAAGAUUAGGACAAAGUUCGAUCCGUUAAAAUGGCCUAUCGAGGAUCGAACCACUUCUUCAAAUUUAGAACAGCCUAUCUUACCUCCAAGCAAAGUAAUACCUUCUGUCUCUGAAACUAUAUUCUGUCCUGCUACAAAGCCUCUAUCCGCGGUACCUCCUGCUCCGAUUCCUCGUGUUUACGAGACUUUCUAUUCUGCAAGAAGACAUAGUGAAUCAGAAAGUAUUUCUUCGUCGAUAAGCGAGACUCUAAAUCCUGAUGUACCAGAGUUUGUACCGACGGAUUUGACGGGAAGGACAAAUGGAUUCACCGCUGUGGAUGAAAGCGGUGAAAUAAAAAACAAAAUUGAUCUGGAAAAAUCCAAAGAAGACAUUUCUGAAUCGACUGUCAUAGAAACGCCGCUUCUUCCUCCGAAUAAUAAUCUUUCUAUGGAGAUAAAUGAGGAAUCCACGACAGAUUCUAGCACCCCUAAUAGCCCAUCAGAAAGACAAGUGAACGAUGAAUCAAAUUCUUCAAGUGAUAAUGCUUGGCAGGAGGUGAGAAGAAGAGUCAAGCAACCGCAUAAAGACAGAAAUGAAAAGACAGAGGUUACUCAUAAUGUGGAACGAGAGGAAUUAGAUUUCCAAUUUGAUGAGGAAUUCGAUACCCCACCUCCACCACCCCGACAUAAUGCCUUUUCUGAAUGGUCUGAAGAUGAGGAAAAUUAUGAAUUAGCGGAUGAGGAUAUUAGUAAAAUACUUAUUGUAACACAAACUACAACACCUCCGUCAACUAGACUUCCAAAGCAUGAAGGUCAUGAUAGAACAGGAGAUUGGAUUACAAGAGUGAAAAUGACUCAAGAAUUGGAACAGCUUAUUAACGACGGACUACAUUAUUAUGAGGAAGAAUUGUUGAAGCAAAAUUCUCAAAGAUAUGGUUCGUCCUCAUCCAUUGGGAGCUAUAAGACAGUUAAUGUCGUUAGUCAAGAAGAUUUUGAGAAAAUGGUACCAAAAGCUCCGAGAAAAGCGAAUCCGGAAGUUCCACCGCCACCUCCAUCUGCCAUUGAAAGUUUAGAAAUCGUGCAAUCGUCCGCCUCCUCAUCGUUACAGCCGCUCCCAAGUACAAGCAGAGUUUAUAUUCAGGAAACAAAAGAUCACAGAUUGGAAAGGAAUCGCGAAAGAUCACAGACAAGAGAAGGGCGAAGAGGUGUCCCGCCUCGUUUCUUUGCUGUGAUGAAAGAUAAAUCGGUUGAUCCCAGAACUCCGCGAAAAAGGAAAACUCGCCAUAGCAAUAAUCCUCCGGUGGAGCAUCAUGUUGGCUGGAUAAUGGACGUUCGAGAGCAUCACCCCCGAACAUAUUCUACAGGGAGCAGUACAGGCACAAGUCCCAACGAGGGUUAUCUUGCAAGCAGUUACGGAAGUAUGCCCAGUAUCUGCGAACACCCGAGUCACGCUUUAUUGAGAGAUAAUGGAUUUACUCAGCAAGCGUAUCACAAAUAUCAUUCGCGCUGUCUGAAAGAGCGCAAGCGAUUAGGUAUUGGACAGUCGCAAGAAAUGAACACUCUCUUCCGUUUCUGGUCGUUCUUCUUGCGAGAGAAUUUCAAUCGUACUAUGUACGAAGAGUUCAGAAAUAUAGCCAAAGAAGACGCCUGCGAGGGAUACCGAUACGGAUUGGAGUGCCUUUUCAGAUUUUAUAGUUACGGCUUGGAAAAGAAAUUUAGGAAUAUGUUGUAUAAAGAUUUCCAGACGGAAACGAUGUAUGAUUACGAAAGUGGACAACUUUAUGGAUUGGAAAAAUUCUGGGCAUUUUUGAAGUAUUACAAACACGCUGAUCAGCUUCACGUAGAUCCUAAAUUACAAGAGUAUCUCUCGAAAUUCAAGAGCGUCGAGGACUUCAGAGUGGUGGAACCUCAAAUAUACGAAAUGCUACAAGCUGCGAGAAAGCGUCAUAGAAGCGUUUCCGAAAGUGCUAGUGUAGAAGAGUCGUCGACCAGCAGAGAACGCCGGCUUUCAGGCGGCUGCAGCGCGGUCACACUGCCAAUCCGAAUUCCGAACGAAGCAAAUUUCGAAAGUAGCAUGCAAAAGCUACGCUUAGAGUCCACAGGUUCAUCGCAGUAUCGAACCAGAGCCGGUUCCUUCGGCUCUAGUAGAUUACACCAUCAUCUCCGAAGACGGAACGAUUCCGCGCCGUCGUGCAGCCAGCGAGAUCUCAACAAGCAGCAGUCUCGAAGUAGACAGAAUUCCGGUUCGAAGUCUCACGAGGUGAAUAAAUCCCAAGUCACUGCCAGAGAACGAACUCAAACCAGUUCCAAGUCCGAAGCGAGCAAAUCCGUCACGAUUAAGACGGAGAGCUCAUCUACUUCUCAGAAAUGAGGAGCCCAAUUGCGAUGCAAGCUUUUACCCGAAUAGUCUCGGUGAGGAUCAGAAGAGGCAUCGAAGUCGAAAUGGCAAUAGUUAUCUACGUUAUGUACGCUGCUGCGAGAGAGUGAUCGAUACAAUGCUAUAAUAGCGUGUGAAGAAAAGGAAAUUGCAUCGCCGAUCCUUGCAUAUGCGAUUUUGAAGAUUGUUGCCAGGUAAAUUUGCGACUUGGAUCCGUGAUUUAGUUGUAAGGUUGUAUUUACUGAUAUUUAAACCCCUCGCCUGGCAAUGCGCAGUUAUUGCUGCAAAAGAUAUUUUCAUUUGCUUUACAUCACUUAUGAUGUUUUACUGUACAAUGAAACAGCUGUGAAAGGGGGAGCGUUGAGAAUGAAUAUGCGCGUAUGGAAGAAUCUAAUAAUGCGAGUGUAUAUAUUUCAAUUAUUUUACGCUUUGAUUUUAUACAUUUUAAUGCGUGUACAAUGACGAUUCGUAUAAGCGGUAUCUUAUGUGAAACUGCUGGACGCGAGAGAGUUACAUUUAUACAACAUUUACCUGAAUGAGUGUUUAAUGUACAAAAGAUGAAGUGUUAUGUUUAUCGAAAAAAUAACGUAGAGAUUAAUACAAUCGAUAACCAUCGAAACAUAUUUGAAUAUGUAUUAUUCUUGAUCAACAUUCUCCCUUUUCACAGCUAUUUCAUUAUACAGCCAUAAAGCUUGUAUACGUAAAGACACUUUUGCCUUAUCUCUCAUAAAAGUACGUCGAAAGAAUAGAAAAAGAAUGUGAUAUUUUCUAUCCUUAUUUCCGAAAGUACGAAGCACAUGCUCAAAAAUGAUGUAGAUAUGACCGUCGAUUGUACAUGUGUCCAAUCGCGGCAGAUUAGUGCAUCAAAAAGAUGAUACGAAUAAUGAUGGAAUUCAAGCCGUCUCAAGACAUCUUGAAGGCUGAAAAUCAAGAGAUCUCAGUACAUUUUGCAAGACUGUUUGCUUUUGAUUGAAAAAUCUUGAAAAUCUUGAAUACCCUUGAAUGGUUGAAUAUUUUGAACAAUGUAACACAUACACAUGUGUAUUACAUUAUUCAAUCUUGCUCUUAUCCUGGGUCCUAUCAUUCAGAGCGGUUUCGGCAGCACAAUAUUAUGUAGGUGAUCCAUAAUAUUUUGGCUCAUCAGCGUGUACACACACACACACGCGCGCGCGCGCGCGCGCGUGCGUAUGUACAGCCAUUCAAGACUUUAAAGAUUUUUCAAUUAAAACAGUCUUGCAAGAUUAUUAAAAUUUUUUAUUUUCAAUCAUUCUUUGCUUGCUUAAAAAUUUGCAAAAGUUUUGAAAUUUUAUCAUUACUUGUAUGGAAAUUGUAUGGUGUACGUUACAAGUUUAUAAAAGAUUACUUGCCAAAUAUCACAUUUUACGGUCAACAUGUGGCAGUUCUUGAUACAAUUACAUUGUAGCAAGUAAUUGUCCACGCUUGUAUAAUAGAAGAUAGAAAGAGUGAGACAGAAGAUUGUAUCCUUUUUCGUCACUCAGGUUGAUCGUAUAAUUUGAGCCGCAAAGCGUUCCCAUGUAUAUAAGCUCUAUGUGUAUAGCGAACAUCAUAAGCAAUGUGAGCAAAUGAAGGCUCGAUUUUUUUCUCUGAUAUUUGAUACUUUUAUCAGAAAUGGCAGUUUUUUUGUUUUUUUUUUUGUUUUUUUAACAAGAAUUUUUUUAGGAGAAAAUGCUUAUUACAUUGCAUUCUUCAUAUCAUUAGAAUAUUUAUGGAUGGUGUCUACUUUUGUUGUUUCAAACAAAUACAUUUAGAGGAAUAACAGUUACAAAAUUAUUACAUUUUUUGAGCUUUUGAAACCCUUUUCGAAAAUGCAUAACUGAAGUGUUUUUUUUAACACGUAUAACGACUUGCUAUUUAUUUUCGGUUCUGCCAUACUCUUGUUUUUCAAUCAUAAAACAUUCAUAGAACUGAUAUAGUUCACAUUGAUUUUUCCAUGCAAUUAGUGUGGCGUUUAUUUUGUUGCUCGUGAUAUUCUAUGCUUGUUCUAUAAAUGUUUUUUUUUCAAUCGAAAACGAAAUACGGCAAACUUAAAAUUCGUAAAAAAUUAACUAGAGGAAUCAUGAAUUUGCCAGGCACUUGUAAAUAAAAAAUCGAUAUGCACUGGUUGUUUCAUCAGUCAAUCAAACGAAUUGGUGAGCUAUAUUGAUGAUUGUUUUUUACUCUUUAAGCAAAUCGAUGGUCGACUGUGCUAGAUUGUUUAUAAAAUGAUUAUUCGAAGGACGAUAGUAUAGUUUACGCGAAUGUAAAAAUCCACGUUCAUAUCCUGAUAUCGUCCUUGACAUAAUACUAGUCACACAUUAAUUUAACUCACUAUAUCACGCAUCGUUUGCAGAAUUUAUACACACAAAAAUCGAGGAAGGUGGAUUAUUACGGGUGAUUAGCAAUAAUGCUUAGUGAAAAUAAACGAUAGUAACGUUGAUUAGGAAGGCAUAUUAAAAAA